AUGGCCAACUCCCGAUCAACCAUCAUUCGUUGGUCAAUUUUCAUAGUUGGCGGAUUGGUGACUCUUGUCAUCAUUUUCAAUUUAUUCCAGCAGUUUCCACCGUUAUCAGUCACUUCAGGCAAGAACAGCGAGGAAUACAAGCCAGCUCCACUGCUCUAUAUCCCACCUCUUGGGCUGGGAACAUGGCAGAUUUCCAAGUCAAAGACUUCAGCGGUUGUCAAGUUCGCGAUCGAAAAGGGAUAUCGACAUAUUGAUGCUGCACUAAUAUACGGCAAUGAGAAAGAAGUUGGCGAAGGCAUAACUCAAUCAAAAAUUCCACGAUCCUCCCUCUGGGUUACAGGCAAGCUCUGGAACGACGCCCACGAGCCAUCCUUGGUGCGUCCAGCAGUUAUUAAAACGCUCGAAGACCUUGGGUUAGAAUACCUUGACCUUUAUCUGGUGCAUUGGCCAGUCGCCUUCAAGCUAGGCACCGGUCGCAAAAUUGUUAUUGACAACGUCAACAUUCUCGAGACAUGGUGGGCAAUGGAAGAGCUAGUGAAAGAAGGGCUUGUGCGCCAGAUUGGUGUCUCAAAUUUCAACAAGGCUCAGGUAGAGCAGAUUCUACGACAUGCACGCAUUCGACCCAGUGCACAUGAGCUCGAAACCCACCCUUUCCUUCAACAAACCGCUUUCGUGGACUGGAACCUAGCUCAAGGACUCCGGGUUAUUGCUUAUUCACCUCUUGGGAAUAUGAAUCCGAUUUACGGGUCGUCUGAUGAUCCCCUCCUACAAGACCCUUUCUUGACAUCCUUGGCUCAGAAAAACCGGGUAACAGUGGCGCAGCUCGCGCUUUCAUGGAAUAUGCAUCGGGGUGUAGUCGUCAUCCCUAAGAGUGAACACGAGGAUAGGGUUUUCGAGAAUCUUCAGGCCCAGCAUGUUCGAUUAUCUGAUGAUGACGUGCAAUCAAUCAAUGCAUAUGAUCAGAAAGCGCGAUUCAACAAUCCGAGCGAUACAUGGGGAGUGCAAUUAUACGGUGGCUUGGAUGGUGUUUGA